AUGGAGACUGGAGCAGCAAUCUACGAACACGGCAGAAUCGCCGCUGUCAAAGCCAAAAGAGCGAAUCGUAAGAAUCAUACAUGCUGGAACAAAAAGCCCAGAACCCAAUCUUCUCCAACGUGUCCUCGACGUCAACGGAAAUUCUGCACACUGAUCGGCUUCAGCGAACAUAUCCGAACCCAAUGUACUACCGUGCCACCUCCGCCCGCUUCCGAAAAUCCACCCACCGCUACCACCAUCGAUACCACAAUUCCAGCGUCGACGUCGACGGUCACCUAUCCCACCACCGGCGAGAACACCCUUGACACCCUGUCACCCGCCAUAACCUCCAUUAACGCCAAAAUCGUGCUCUCCACCGACAAUGCGAACCCGUCCCCACUGCGAGCAUACCUUCACACCAUGCAUUGGCUUGGUCCGCCAUUUACGAGUCAAUCGCCCUGA